AUGGAGGCAGCUCAUCCCACGGCAGGAUGGGAGAAAGUCGGAGAUCGGUUCUACCGCAAGACCCAACUCUAUACAGCAGUCUUUGACCGGGAUCUUGAUCUGGAGAACUACAUUGUGGCUGGUGCUCCAUACGGAGGUGCCAUAGCUCUCUACCGAGAUGAGACCAAGCUACAGACACUCAGGGCAGCAAAGUCAUCCAAGCCGAGCAUCGAAAUCUACAGCUGCGCGGGCAAGCUGUUGAAAAGUAUAGCCUGGGACAAGGGCUCCAUCAAAGGACUGGGCUGGUCAGAGGACGAGAAACUCCUAGUCGUGAGCUAUGACGGCACCGUCCGUUGCUACUAUGACCUCCAAGGCGACUUCACCCAAUUUUCUCUUGGGCGAGGGGCGGAGGACUUUGGCGUUCACUCGUGCAAGUUCUACAAUACGGGAAUGGUGGCCCUGCUCUCCAACAAUGCUCUAAUCUCUGUUGCUUCAUACGACGAGCCCCGACCGAAGCAGCUAGUGUCACCACCAGAGGGUGAGGUUCAUGCCUGGACUCUGGUUUCUCCCAGAUUUACCCUCUCCCGCUCGGUCGAAGUGUUGCUGAGCAUCAACAAGACCAUUUAUGUUGUCGAUGCUACAGACUGCGAAGAUCGAUACCUCGAUAUUGGGCCAUUCACGCAAAUAAGUGUAUCGCCGAAUGGCAAAUUCGCGGCACUGUAUGCUGCUGAUGGCAGAGCACAUGUCAUUACUGCCGAUUUCCAAAGUCGGCUUAGCGAGCAUGAUUCUAAGUCCAAGAUUCCACCCAAAUAUCUCCAAUGGUGUGGCAACGAUGCUGUUGUCAUUGCAUGGGAUGAUGAAGUCAACAUCGUUGGGCCCAAGAAUGCCGUAGCCUCAUACUUUUACGACGGAAAAGUACACGUGCUUGCUGACCACGAUGGUGUAAGACUUAUCACUAAUGACGUUUGCGACUUUCUGCAGAAAGUCCCCGAUGUUACCGACGAAGUUUUCCGAUUCGGCACCGAGUCACCGGCCUCUAUUCUCCUCGACGCGGCCGAGCAACUCGAGAACCAGUCUCCCAAGGCUGAUGACAAUAUUCAGCUCAUUCGGUCGAAUCUUGUUGAAGCUGUCGAUACUUGCGUGGCCGCUGCAGGGCAUGAGUUCAACGUUUUCUGGCAGAAACAGCUGCUGAAGGCUGCUUCUUUUGGCAAGUCGGUUCUCGAUAUAUACAACAGCGAUGAUUUCGUGGACAUGUGUGAGACGCUUCGUGUUUUCAAUGCAGUUCGGUAUUACGAGGUCGGCUUGCCUCUGUCGUAUGAACAGUAUCAGCGUCUCACCCCUGAAGGACUGAUUCAAAGAUUAAUCAAUCGCCAUGAAUACCUCCUGGCACUCAAGGUGGCCGGCUACCUCCGACUACCAACCGACCGCAUCUACGUGCAUUGGGCCUCUGCCAAGGUACGCACCGGCUCAGAAGAUGACGAGGUCAUCUGUCGCAUGGUCGUCGAGAAGCUUGCCGGCAAGCCUGGUAUCUCCUUUGAAGCAAUUGCGCGGGCCGCCUAUGACGAAGGUCGUGGCCGACUUGCCACGGAGCUUCUGAACCACGAACCUCGUGCCGGUCGUCAGGUUCCAUUGCUUCUGAGUAUGGAAGAAGAUGAGAUUGCUUUAGACAAGGCCAUCGAAAGUGGCGAUUCAGACCUCAUCUUCUUCGUGCUGUUGCAAUUAAAGAAGAAGUUGCCCUUGGCAGCGUUCUUCCGAGUCAUCAAUGCUCGCCCUGCUGCUACGGCCCUCGUCGAGUCGUCUGCAGCUUUGGAGAACGACAAUGCAUUGCUCAAAGAUCUUUAUUACCAAGACGACAGAAGAGUAGAUGGAGCCGGCGUUUUCAUACGUGAAGCACUGCAUCAACCCGACGCCCGUACCGCUGGUGACAAGCUUGCCCUAGCCGCCAAGUUGCUUUCUGACUCGAGGGACAACACAUUUGAGAUUCAAUCCUUGAAGGAGGCCACGGUCCUGCUUCGAAUGCAGGAAGCUUUCGAUCGAGACUUCUCGGACAGCUUUACCGGCCUGAGCGUAAACGAGACGCUCUUCAAGCUGAUCAGACUCGGUUAUCAUAACAAGGCCAAGAAGAUCCAAAGCGAGUUCAAGGUCCCCGAAAAGGUUGCUUGGUGGAUUAGGUUGCGAGCAUUGGUUGCCAAGCGUGAUUGGAAUGAAAUUGAGGAGAUUUCAAAGACCAGAAAGAGCCCAAUCGGUUGGGAGCCAUUCUUCAAUACCAUCCUCCAAGCAGGUAACCCUCGUCUCGCCGCAGUAUUCAUUCCCAAGUGUCAAAACCUUGAAGCCGGCGCCACGGUCACCAUGUACGAGAAGUGCGGGAUGCGCGUCAAGGCUGCCGAAGAGGCGGUCAAGACAAGGGACGCUGAGGCAUGGCUACGUCUCCUGGAAGCUGCUGGAAGAAACACGGCAGAUGGUAGGGAGAUUGAGAGGUUAGGUGCUACCGUGUUCAAAAAAUGA